UGCUGAAAUCGUGACAGUUGAUAGUCAGAACCUGGCGACUGACAACGUGUCGGUGAUCGAGGGGGAAAUGGGCACCAUCAGCUGUAGAGUGAAGAACAACGACGACUCCGUCAUCCAGCUGCUGAACCCAAACAGACAGACCAUCUACUUCAGAGACGUUCGACCUCUCAAGGACAGCCGGUUCCAGCUGGUGAAUUUCUCUGACAACGAACUCCGGGUGUCUCUGUCCAAUGUGUCGCUCUCCGACGAGGGACGCUACGUGUGCCAGCUCUACACAGAUCCCCCUCAAGAAGCCUACGCAGACAUCACUGUCCUGGUCCCGCCAGGCAGCCCAGUCAUCGAGAGCGGGGAGGAUGUGGUCAGCGAGGGGAACGAGACGGAGCUCACCUGUAUCGCCAUGGGCGGCAAGCCAGCCGCUUCCAUCAGAUGGAUGAAGGGGGAGGAAGAACUGACAGGUGAGACAACGGUGGAGGAGAUGUAUGACAGGAUGUUUACUGUCACCAGCCGGGUGAGGUUUUCUGUCACCAAAGAGGAUGAUGGGAUGCCAGUGGACUGCAUCAUUGACCACCCAGCUGUAAAGGACCUCAUGGCUCAAAGACACUUAGAAGUCCAAUAUAAACCAGAGGUGAAGAUCUUGGUGACAUACCCGAAAGGUUUAACAAGAGAAGGAGACAAUCUUGAUCUGACAUGUGUCGCUGAAGGGAAACCAGGUCCCCAUCAGAUCAACUGGCUGAGAGUAGAGGAGGAAAUGCCGCCGCACGCUGUGGUUGCCAGCUCUGAGCUCUACAUCGAGAACCUGAACAAAUCGUAUAACGGCACCUAUCGCUGCGUGGCGUCCAACGUAGUGGGAGAGGCCUACGAUGACUACAUCCUCUAUGUUUACGAUGCUCCCACUACUACCCCCACACCCACCACCAACCCAGUCAGCACGCAAGACUCCAGAGCUGGAGAAGGGGCACCACAGAAAAUUGACCAUGCUGUGAUCGGAGGGGUAGUUGCCGUUGUCAUGUUUGCCAUCCUCUGUGCGCUCAUUGUUCUUGGUCGAUACUUCGCCAGACACAAAGGAACCUACUUCACACAUGAAGCCAAAGGAGCGGACGAUGCAGCCGAUGCUGACACGGCGAUCAUCAACGCAGAAGGAGGACACACCAACACAGACGAGAAGAAGGAGUAUUAUAUCUAACCUGGAGAGUUGGGAGGGGAUGGUGCUGUGGGAGCAUUGAGUCCAACUCUGAUUGGUAACGAGACAACUUGGAUUAGAGGGUAGAGGAGAAGGAAAACAGUGAAAAGUAGGACUGGCAUGGCCAUGUGGUAAGAAGACGUGUUGCUUAGUCUCCUAU